AUGACGACGGGCUCUCCCGAUCAAGGGGAUUUAUACCAAAAAACGAUUCAACCCCUCAUCCUGGCAGCCAUCUACCUCGGAUUGCUGAAUUUCGCGGCUUUUUUCAGCAAAAUGAUUGCCGAAAAACUUGUGAGACGGGAGGGUCUGCAACGCACCUUCCUCAUCCAGUUCAUCGCCACGAUUCAAAUUUGCGCCGGAUUUUAUGAGGAGCCUGUUUUGAAAUCUGUCGGCGACCUUGGCUUCUUCGUCUUCAAUUUUCUCAACUUCUACACAGCCGGCGUCGUUCCCAACUCGCUUUCUGCAAUCGAACGUUUCACAGUCAAGCGGAAAGGAAAUGGCGAAAAGAUGUUGACGUUUUUCUUCGCGCAGGUCAUUGGAGCACUAAUCGCUCCAUAUAUGGCUGUUUUCAUUUGGAGUGUGAUGGCUGGACAAACGAAUCGGCCAGAGCUCGUUGGAACGCAUGCCAAGUUGCUGGGCACCGGUCUUUGUCAUUGGAAGUUUGAGAGCUUCUACGGACCACUUCUCACUCAAUUCGUUCUCGCGGCGGUCAUGCGAUUUCUCCUCACUUCGAAAGGGAUCAGAAGGAGAAUCAUGGCUGUUCCACUCGUCUACGCGGCCUAUUUCACGUUUGCUCGUACCUUCAUUGGAUUCCCCGGAUUCGAUCCGAUUCACAGUCUCGCUCGUGUUUCACAUUGUUGGUUGAGAAGAGAAAUCUUCGUGAAGUGGACACUUUGUUAUGUGUUCGCACCAAUCUGUGGUUGGCUUCUGUUCUCCGGCUCGUCCAAACACGUUGAAAAUGCCCCCAAUGAGACGAAAAGACCAAACCGAAGACUCCGCCCACUUGUGGACCCAAGACCCCCUUUCAAAAGUGUGGAAGUAGCAAAGAGCCAAGAAGUUCCCGUCGGUAAAGUGGCAAAGGAGGCGGAAGAGGAAAAGGUCGCAAUCGUCCGUCAGAAUCGGGUGACUCGACAGGAUCGUGAACCGCAACGCAAAUUCUCGAAUCAUCAGGGAAGGAAUCACAAGAAGCCAUGA